AUGAAGGUGCAAUUAUCGUCGACUCUGUCCCUGAGCCAAUUCCUCUCUUGCCUACCCAUUCUUAUCCUCAGCCUCGACCAUAUGGUCUUUUGGCUGUACUCGAUCUAAUGACCUACCUGGCAAGCCAUUUGGUACCGCGGGGUGGCAACUUUUCUGGUUCUGGGCCCGGAGAUGCCAUGGUGUCAAUAGCCCUCAACCUACUUACCAUUGCUUUGGAAACAGGAGCCGAUGCUAUCCCUUCUAGCCCCGAACUCUUGGGGCUGGUGCGAGCCGAUAUGACUAAGCAUUUAAUGUUGGUAAGAAAUCUAUCAGAUGAAGCUGCACAUUGA